CAGAUCAUUCCUGGGAACGAGAUACGCUGUAUUUGGGACAGUCAUAGCGCCACCCAUCGACUGGUUCAGAAAGCUUCCAACAGGUGAUGAGCCUUGACCCUCGGAUACAUUGCGUCAUGGCCGCAUUGGAGCCGGCGGACCGCAUGACCCUGCCCUUGAUCACCAGCUGAAGGAGCGUGCGGAAGAGCAGCGAAAGAUACUACUGGGACUGGCGUAGUAGGAUCCAGACCCACCUGACGCCCAGAUUGGACGGAUGAAGCGUCUGCAUAACGCAAAUCACGAGGAUCGCCGUGAAAUAGCUCCGAUGGCCGCUGUAGCAGCAUGGCCGACUCACCGGGUAUUCAAUUGUACGGUCGAGAUUUUGCACAGCUAUGAAAACACCAGUGGACCCAACGCCGUGUACGUGACUGACUACACCGCAAACCUUCAUACCAGCCCUACACAAGCAAACUGGUGCUCACGGGAACUAUCUGCAUAUGUGUUCAAAAUUGAGAUGUGGGAUCACGCGGGGCGCCUUGCAACGACGAUGCAGCCCGGAGAGUUCUGGUCCCUCCCAAACACACGCGUGAUGGGAGACUCCUAUUGUUAUAUUUACGGUAAAUUGGUGGAAACACAUAAGUCAAAGAAGCUUGACGAGGUCCAAAAUAGCGAGAACCUGCACUUUCGUGCUUUGCUAGAGCGCAAAAAGAUGUUUCAGCAAGGGGAAGGUGGAUCUUCUGGGCGGUUUGAUAAAAAGUUGGUUGAAGAUGUUGACAAAGAAGUGGCUGGCUGACGAUGUGCCAGCGGCGCGCGAACUCCCAAAGUUGGCUUACUGUCGUUAAGCUUGAUGCCUGUAGUGCAGAGGCCUGUAUAACUAUUAACUGUAUAUCUAGCAUAUGUUGCGCGCCCACCAGAUCUGCGCCCUUGAUUUCAGCAAUAACCUCGUAGGGUCCGAUGAGGUGCUCCAGCGUGACAAGACGAUCUUUCACAACAACAAGGGCAUCCUCCUUGAUAGAUGAGCGCAUGAAACUGUAAGUCAAUUCUGGAUGAAUAGCAAUGCCCUAACGAAGGAUACUAUGAGGAUGCUAAAAUUGAGAAAAACUCACGCACACCAUGUUUGCUGUUAGAGUCCAAGGUGUAGUGGUCCAUACUAAC